UUUACAAACUUCAGCCUCCUGUUGGAAAAGUCUGUCUCACAGUGAGAUAAAGUCAGUUUCACUCACAGCUCACAGCACAGUUAAUAAGAAUACUUACACACUCCAAAAACCUGAACUAUUCCUUUUAAGUGUGUGUGUGUGUGUGUGUGUGUGUGUGGCUCCCCGUUGUUCACCAUCUGUUCUCUGACUCCACUCUGUGUCGUUCAGCUGAUUCAGCACUUCACUGUUGCUAGGAGACAGUGUAGCAUUCCUAGGAUUCAAGGAGACAUGUAGGAAACCUUGUGUCAUUGUUGAGGGCGUGAGGGGUGUUCCCCCAGCGAUGACAUCACAUGAUGACAUCACAGGUGUGUUGUUGACUGAAGUCGUCCCCUUGCUGUUGUCUCUUCCUGCAGCUCAGCCGCCAUGUCUAAAGCCACGGUGAAGAAGCUGCACUGGCGCUCCAAGGUGCAGGAGAGCUUCGUUCCACUGGGCGGGGGAUCAGGAGAGCUGGGUCUGGCCAUCGGGGGCGGGGCCGAUUAUGGCGAGUUCCCUUUUGUCACGGCAGCCCCUGGGGGCGGAGCCACAGUGGGUGACAUCAUCCUGGAGAUCGGUGGGACACCGGUGUUAGGGAUGACCCUCGGCGAUGUCAGAGGAGUCCUCAACUCUUGUCCUCAUCCGAUCAGAAUCAAGACGGUGUCACCAGGGUCAUCCCUCUGUAAGGACCUCAGGUUGUAUCUCAGCAAAUGUUUCACUCCAGGAUCCAUGGACAGUCAACUCCAACAGCUGAUCAGAGAGAACCUGUACCUGCGCGCUGUUCCCUGUACGACCCGGCAGCCUCGGGACGGUGAGAUCUCAGGUGUCGACUACAACUUUGUUUCCAUCGAGGAGUUUUUCUCUCUGGAGGAGUCUGGAGCUCUGCUGGAGAGCGGCAAGUUCAAAGGGAACUACUACGGAACACCCCGCCCCGUCCACAUCGGCCCAGAGAGUCCACCGAUCACGUACCAGGAACAUCGCAACCUGCUGCGGAACUUCAGGACGAGGAGCAAGUCUCUGAGUAACCUGGAGAAAGCUGUGGAGGAGGGAGACAACAGCGAGGAGGACAGCGCCCCCUCUGGUUCAGCUGGAGCCCCGCCCACCACUCUGCCUCUGAGCCAAUCUUGGGAGUCGACACUAGGGAGCCGUGAAGGAACUGAGGAGGGAGGACGAGGGAGAGGAAGGGGAGGAGUCGGAAGAGGAAGAGGAGGAGCUCCACUGCCUGAGAACUGGGAGCUGGCCUUCAGUGACUCAGGAGAGCCGUACUACAUCGAUCAUAAGUCAAAGACGACCAGCUGGUUUGAUCCUCGAACUCCGAGCAAAGACACGACUCCUUGUACUGAGCUUCCAGAGUUCACAGAGCAGGCGUCUCAGCUCAGAGGUUACUCCAUCCACACUCGUCUUUCUAAAGGUCCUCGAGGUUUUGGUUUUAACAUCGUUGGAGGAAGUCGACCUCGAGAGUUUCUGCAGGUUUACAGCGUCACACCUGGAGGGCCCCCUGCCCUCAACACUGCUGACAUCCUGGUCUACAUCAAUGACCAGUGUGUCCUCGGUCGGUCUCAUAAAGACGUGGUGGACAUGUUGAAGUCGGUGCCGAUGGGUCAGAGCGUGGACGUGGUUCUGAGGCGAGGUUACCCGAUGCUCUACAACCCAGACGGCUGUCCUAAACAGAACCUGGAGACGCCUCAGACACCCAGCGACGCUUCUAGCACCCGAGCUCUGACACACCUGACCUACAGCUGCACGCAGGACGCCAACGGCAACACGACAGGACUUGGCCAAACCCCGCCCUCUUACGCCGCACAGCCAAUGACAAAUGGGCUUACAGAUCCGCCCACUCCCACGUCCUCUGACCCUCCAUUGGGGGUGACUCCGCCCCCUAACAGGACAGUAGCCAAUCACAGCGACUCUGAUGGCGGUCCGUCCAACGCCGGGACUCGCAGGUCGUCACUGAUUGGCUACAGCAGCAGCACACUCCCCGCCCUCUCCUCCUCGCUCCUCCUCCAUCAGAGCUCAAAGUCGUCAGAGAGCGACGUGUCCACGUCCACACUGCCGCUCAUGUCCUCGUCCUCUGCUCUCACCAAACUGCCGCUCUCUCAGCCAGAGACCGGUUUCCUCCAGAACGCCGCCUCCAUCACUAACAACCCUGUCUCCUCGUCCACACCUCCGGGAGCACCGGUACAGCGGCCGCCAAUGCCCCAGACCACGCUUGCCCUAACUCCGCCCAGAGACGUUGCGCCCUGCGGCUUUAACGGGUGUCCAGCCAAUCACCAAGCUCCCUCCACCUCCGCCUCCUCCCACGGAACCUCAGGUCUGGUGCUGCCACUGGGGGCAGCGUCACUGGCGUCGCCCCCUGGUGGGGAGCUGGUGCCGGUAGCUUUGGGACGUACUGAGGGGGCGGGGCUGGGGUUCAGUGUGACAGCGGGGGGUCAGGGGGGUCAGCUGGCCCUGGUCAGGCGAGUGUGGGACCGGAGGCAGUGUCCGUCACUGCAGCCAGGGGACGCUAUCGUGAAGAUCAACGGAGCAGAUGUUCAGAGCCUCAGCUUCUCCCAGGUGCAGAGGAUCCUGCAGGAACACACCAAACAGGGCGAGGUGGUGCUGCUGGUCUACAGAGCAGGCCCUGCCUCCUCUCCAGUCGUCACCCCCAACCUCUAUAAGCCCCUCCCCUCUCCUCAGGGUCAGACCACACCCUCUUCCUCCCACCCCUCAGCUGACUCGCCUUCCUCGUCCUCCGCUGCGGCCGUGGUGGGCGGGGCCGUUCCUGCUCUCAGUCAGGCAGGUUUAGCCCCAGACUCUUCUCAGGGGGGCCCCCACCCACCGAGCCCCGGGGCCCAACAAGAUGCCCCGCCUCCUCCUCAGACGGCUAACGGGCCGUCGGCGUCCACACUGAUCCAGAGUACCAGUUUCCUGGACUCGGUUCCCGUGACAUUGACGCUGGAGCCGCGGGAUCUGCUGGGAGUUCAGGAGAGUGCUGGAGGACCGCCUCCAAACAGAGGGGGAGGAGCCUUGGGAGCAGUGACUAAGGACGGGAGGGGCGGAGCAAAGGUGGAGGUGGAGCUCAGGAGGAGGCCAGGGGAAGGCUUUGGAUUUGUCAUCGCCUCUCAGGAAGUGAGCAGCGGCGCAGCGUCCUCACUCAUGUCCCAUCGGUUUGUGACGGUGCGUCGCGGCAGCCCGGCGGCUCGCAGUGGACAGAUCCAGCCCGGUGACCAGCUGGACGCCGUGGAGAACCGGCCAACAGGUGGUUUACAACACCGGGACCUGGCCCAGAUUCUGAGGAGGGCGGGAAACACACUGAGGCUGAGCGUCACACCCAGACGCUACUCCUCCUCUCAGAUGGAAGCAGCUGAUCUGGACAUCGAUAGUCGACUGAUCAAAGGAUCGAGAGGAAGGUCAAAGGACCAGUUCUAUAGUGUGGAUCUGGAUCGAGGUCCAACAGGGUUUGGUUUUUCUCUGAGGGGGGGCAGUGAGUACAACAUGGGCCUGUAUGUACUGGGUCUGAUGGAGGGGGCCCACAAGAUACAGGUGUCUGAUCAGCUGGUGGACAUAAACGGGGACAGCACAGUGGGGAUGACUCACAGUCAGGCUGUGGAGCAGAUCAGACGAGGAGGACAUCGCAUCCACCUCGUCCUCAAGAAAGGAAACGGUUACGUCCCUGACUAUGUGGAGCUGUCCAGCCUCUCUCUCUGUAUGACAAACUCCAAACAGGGUGAACCGUGUUUCUACGUGAUUGGACGAACUGAAAACUCGCGGCCCUGAGGAAGGAGUUCUCUCCUCCUCCUCCUCUUCCCACACAGAGGAGCGGCACCUGAUCUCCAUGG